CCGCCUGGCCUCCGUAUAGCGUCCUGAGCUGAGCUAAGUGAGAUGUCUUUAUAAACCUGAUCAGACUAAAAGAAGAUAUUGUUGCCUAUGUCAUAACCAUCUUCCAGAGAACUACUCUUCUGUCGAAUGAGAAGGACAUCUUACACCAUGGAUGGAUUCUGUCUUCUCUAUCUGCUCCUGAUCCUCUUGAUGAGAUCUGGUGACGUUGAAACCAAUCCAGGUCCUAACACUGCAGAAAGUACUGUCAGUGAAAUGGAGUUCAUGAAGCUGGCCCAGGAUAUCGCUCCACCUUACUACUUCAAAGUAGGGAUAUCUCUGGGAAUCCCCUAUGCUCAGCUACAGGCAAUCCUGAUUCAGACGUCCAAUAACUAUACCAAUGCGUUACUGGAUGUAUUCAUGAAAUGGAAUGUCAUGCACCAACCUUCACACUCAAACAGACGACAGCUUUUGGCAGACACACUUCGAGAGAUUGACUUGGGUAGCCUAUCAGACAGAUUACUCAAUGAACCUCAAACCGCAGGAGGGCCAUCAAGACUGCUUGAAUCACAGACCAAACCUCCUUCAGCUGAAUCUCGGACCAUACCACUUUCUCCUGAACUGGUUGAGCGGUGUGCAAAUGAUUUCAAGUUCAAGUACAGGUCAACUCUCUGUAAGAUCAGAGCUGAUCCUCUCAAUCCUGCUUCCACUGUGCAGUUUGACGACAUGUAUACUAAUCUCUUCUUACAAGAAGAACAUGGGACAGAAAAGCGAAUGCUAGAUUACAAUGAUAUCCUUGAUCUCAAAGUCAAUGAAGAGUUCCCAAAGCGGAUCAUGGUUCAGGGAGAGGCAGGUGCUGGAAAAACUACAUUUUGUGCUAAGAUUGCAUGGGACUGGAUAGGAGGGAGGCAUUUCAGUCGCUUUGUGUGGGUCUUGAUUGUUCCUCUACGUGAUUUUAAGCGACACACUAUAGGCGAGAUUGCAAAGUCUUAUCUGGACAAAAACAAUCCAGCAACGAUUUCUCAGAUUACUGAGUAUAUCCGGUCCAAUCCCCACAAGGUAUUCAUCGCAUUAGAUGGGCUAGACGAAGUCAGGGGCAAAAUCAUGAAGACAAAAUCUUGUGAAUCACAGCCUACUGGUCAAAUGCAACUUCAGCCAUCACAGCCAAGUGUCCACGCCUCAGAGGCAUGUGGAAGCUCAUCUGAGGCCGGUGAUAUUGAACUAGUAGAUAUUCUUUGUUCAGAUCAACUUGCCUCUUGUCCGGUCGUGGUGACCUCUCGCCCAUGGAGAGCAGUAGAGAUUAGAUCACAUGGGGAUCUAAUGAAGCUGUACACAUUCAUUCAUGUUAUGGGUUUCAACAAAGAGAAUUUGUCAGUUUACAUUCACAAAUACUUUCCAAAGAAUGAUGCUAAAGCAAAUCAGCUUAUCCAGUUCUUCAGUGAGAAUGAUGUCAUAUCUGAAAACAUGGCCCCCUAUCCUAUAUAUGUAGCCAUGUUGUGUCUUAUGUGGAAAGAAAUUGAUGAGCAAAAACUAAAGGAAUUGAAAUCACUGAAUACUUUUUCUCAGAUAUUCAAAGAAAUGAUUGCUUUUCUAAAAGAACAUUAUGCUCAGAAAAUGGUGAAGAAAGUAGGCAGCCCCUCACUUCUUGCCUACUUGAAAAAAAUUGACGAGCUCCUUGGACCAAUUGCCAAACAGGCCCUCAAUGGUCUGCUAAAAAAUACCUUGAUUUUUGGUGAAGAUGAUUUCCAAAUGUGCCCAGAAUCCAAGGACACUGCCUGUCGUGUUGGGAUUUUGUCUCAGGAGGAGAGAAUCACCAUUAACAUGGACAUACAUGAGAGGAAUUCUCAUGUGCAAUUGCCAGUCUUCUUCCCUCACAAACUGUUUCAGGAGUACAUGGCUGGAGUCCAUCUGGCUUCCCUGUAUGAAUCAGAUUGUAAUGAAUUCAACAGGCUGAUUGAGCAAGUAGUGCUGCCAAGGAACGAGGAGUUUAGGUAUCUCCUGUACUUCACUGUGUCACAAAACAAAAGUAUUGCAACCCAUGUACUGAUUUCUAUACUUCAGGGACAAGAGAAUUUAAUUGACAUAGAAAAUAUAGGUAAAAAGUUAGAUUUCAUUGUUGAUUUAGCUUUUGAGAGUCAGGACCAAGAUGCAUCAGCCUUGGUGAAGGACAUCAGCAGAGUAUUACCAAAGACAAAAGAGCUGAUCAUAUCCAGAGACAUGAAAGCACACACUGUAGCUGGUUAUGCUUUCAUUGGACCACAUGUGGAAGACUUCUAUAUUGAGAGAGAUUGUGGACCUACUAUGUCACUUGAUGUGGCAGAGAUAAUAUGCUCAAUGCCAUCCUUGAAGAAAGCUUCUCUAGAAAGUUCAUUCCAUCAUUGUUUUUUUGAAACACUUGCAAGGAAAGGAAAAGAAUCAAAGGUCAAGAUUCUCAAGCUGUCUGUUGACCAGUGUCCGACACGAGCCUCGUCACAUCACCUAGCCCAAGCACUGUGUUCUAUGCCAAACCUGACUGACCUGACACUUGAAGGGAAUCUCAAUGAGGAGUUCUACUCUACAUUGAAAGCAAAGGCAUCAUCCAAUCAGGUCAAGAUUCUCAACCUCUAUGUUGACCAGUGUCUGACACGAGCCUCAUCACAUCACUUAGCCGAAGCACUAUGUUCUAUGCCAAACCUGACUGACCUGACACUCGGAAUAGUUCCUAAUGAGGAGUUCUACUUUACAUUGAAAGCAAAGGCAUCAUCGAUACAGGUCCAGAAUCUAGUGCUGGCAUUUGUUGAGUGUACCACACCAGCCUCGUCACACGACCUACUCGAAGCACUGUGUUCUAUGCCAAACCUGACUGAUCUGACACUUGGAAGUAAUCUCAAGGAGGAGUUCUACUCUACAUUGAAAGCAAAGGCAUCAUCCAUACAGGUCCAGUUUCUCGAGCUUCUUGAUUUUAAGUGUACCACACCAGCCUCAUCUCAUGACCUAGCCGAAGCACUGUGUUCUAUGCCAAACCUGACUGCUCUGAUUGCCCACAGAUUUGGAAGGAAUCUCAAUGAGGAGUUCUACUCUACAUUGAAAGCAAUGGGAUCAUCCAUACAGGUAUGUGUAUGCUAAUCUUUAUGUCAUGAAGGGUCAUUGGUCGACAGAAACAGCUGUAAUAGUUGUAUGGUGCACAUGUAUAUAUCUUCUUUCUUCUUUCCAAACACCCCUUUUUAAAGGCAAUUCACUAAUAAUAUUGGAACAUUUAUGAAACAUAGAAUAAAAGCAAACUACACAUGUACUGAUUCAGUUGAAAUCCAAAUGUGUAUAAGAUUGACAUUAUUUUGAUAAAUAAUCAGUAUCCAACAUUUUCCAAGUU